AUGGAACAAGUUGGUUUAUCUGAUGCACAUUUAGUUACGUGGUUUGGAAGUUCUUUCAACAACACAACAAUGUCGCCUUUCAACGCUACAGCUAACGAGGAAUCGAAAGAAACCUUUGAGAGACUGGUAGGGAUUAUUAUUCCCGUUAUCUUCGGAGCCAUUUUCCUGUUAGGACUGUUCGGGAAUUUUCUUGUAAUCAUGGUGAUCGUAACUGACAAGCGUAUGAGAAACACGACAAAUAUAUUGAUUCUUUCCUUAGCUAUUGCAGAUCUAAUGUUUAUUGUCUUUUGUGUACCGUUUACAGCCACACUAUAUACUCUACCCGUUUGGCCAUUUGGAGCUAUCUGGUGUAAGACGGUGAUAUACUUGAUGUAUGUGUCUGCUUAUGCUAGUAUGUAUUUUUUAGUAAUCAUGUCCUUGGAUAGAUAUCUGGCGGUCGUGCACGCCAUACGUUCUAUGACUUGGCGCUCAGAAAGAAAUACAUGGCUUGCUGUAGCUGCCAUCUGGAUCAUUUUCCUUUGCGGAAAUAUACCAAUCUUUGAGCAGUGGGGUGUGAUUGAUUACGAUUAUUUUGGCGAGAAUCGAUCUAGAUGUUUUCAGAUUUCGUUACUUGAGGAUGACUAUCAAGCUAAGGCGUUUUUCGGCAGUUUCUUCUUUUUUGGAUACGUCUUCCCGCUAGCAAUCACCUUGUUGCUGUACGGACUUAUGCUGAAGCGACUUCUCUAUGGCGUCGUCCCUGGAGGUCGUAAUCAGUCUUCAGAAAGCAUGAGAGCCAAGAAACGUGUCACCAAAAUGGUAGUUAUUGUAGUGAUCAUCUUUGCUCUUUGCUGGUUACCACUGCAGAUCUGCCUGUUUCUCCAACAUAUAAUUGGCGUAGAAGUUGGCGUUUCUCUAGCAAGUAUAACAAUGGCCGCCAAUUGCUUUGCGUACAUGAACAGCUGCGUCAACCCGAUUCUUUACGCAUUUCUCUCCGGUAAUUUCCGCCGCAGUUUCCAGCGAUUUCUCUGCUGUUCUUACAAAUCUCGGAGAAUGGAUUACGAACGGACAAACACGAGGAUUACAUUGGCAGAGAGGGAAACAAACAACGCUUCAACUACCUACGUCGAUAACUCUAUAACACAUACAGCAGUAUAA